GUGUCUCAUUUUGACAAACCACACAUUUUCGAAGCCCCAAAACAAUGGCAGCACAUAAUAUGUGCAACAGUAGCAACUAAUAAUUAGUUCGUUCAUUCUCUUCAUAUUUUGGGCGAAUAAUGAGUAUGAUUAGGAGGAGCCUAAGUUUGGGCAAGGCCUUGAGGAGACUCAAAUGCCUGCCUGUUUCUUCAUCAGUUUAUUCCAAUUACUACUGCAGAUGUGAUGCUCACACCGCCCUUCCUCUUUCUCAGACUCAGCCAUUGCCGAGGCAUGAAUUGAGACUUUUGCCCUACAAUUUAAGGGCAUUUUCAGACAGUACCACUGUGCCCCCUGAAAUUGUAGAGUCUGAGUCCACACGAACUGAACAAGAAAACAAGGAGGACAAGGAAGACAACAAGACGCAUCCCGAUAUCAAAGAUGAGCAGACUAAGGUCCUGGAAGCGGCGCUCGGAUAUGUGCCAAAAUUGGGGUGGACAGAGGCGGCUAUGGUAGCAGGGGCAAAAGAUGUGGGUAUUUCACCCUCAAUUGUCGGUGCAUUUCCCCGGAAGGAAGCUGCACUUGUUGAGUAUUUCAUGGAUGAUUGCCUGCAAAGGCUAAUGGAUGAGAUCGAAUCACACAAUGAAGAGCUUUCGAAUAUGGUGCUUAAGGAUCGGAUUGCAAAACUCAUUCGAAUCCGUCUAGAAAUGCAGGCUCCCUAUGUUUCUAAAUGGCCUCAAGCAUUAAGUAUCCAGGCAAAGCCACUCAAUCUUCCAACAAGUUUUAAGCAACGAGCCAUUUUAGUAGAUGAAAUUUGGCAUGCCGCUGGUGACCGCUCAACCGAUGUUGAUUGGUAUGCUAAACGUACUGUUUUAGGAGGAGUUUAUACAGCAACAGAGCUUUACAUGCUAACUGAUUACUCACCAGAGUUUAGGGGGACUUGGUCAUUUCUAGACAACCGUAUCCGAGAUGCACUUGAUUGCCGCAAAACUGCUCAAGAGGCCACACAAUUGGCAACAGCUAUUGGUGCAGGAAUUUCUAAUACAUUCCAGGCAUUUCUACGCAGACAACCCUAGGAGAUAUUUGUCUCCAUAUCUUUUCAAAUUAAAUGUCUUGUGAUCAUUCAGAGCUAGUGUAAAUGGAACCCUUAUUUUUGCUUGAACCAGUACGGGAAUUUGUAAGUGAUUGUAAAUUCAAUCUUACAUUGGUGGAGUUGAUGCUUUGUGGUGAUAUAAUCGUUAUUAGUUUCUUGUUCAA